AACGUUUAAUUUUAUAAAACUUAUCAAAGUUUGUGUGCAAAAGUGAACCUGUAACAUGAGCAAGGACAACAACAACAAGAACAAGAAGCUGCUGGCCCAGCGACACAUCUCCUCGCGGAUGAACUUCCUCUUCCAGGCGUCGCAUUUAAUGGCCAACAAAGAUCAGAGUAAACUAGCUGCUUACUACGGGAAACUCUGCCGAAAUGUGGGCACCAAGGCGGUGAUGCACAUGGCUCCUGCUCUAAAACGCUCUCUUUGCCGGCGCUGCUCGCUUCCGCUGCUUCCUGGCGUGAAUACGGAGCUGCAGGUGGCCAGGGAAUCCAGGGAACCCAAGGAACCUCCUCAGGAGAUCCCACCCUCCAAUGGGGAAGCCAAGAAGCCCAAGAAGAAGCGCCAUCGCAGGCAGCGCAAGAAGGGAAGCUCCCAAGAGUGCAGAAAUCCCUCAUCGCCGCCAGAAAACCCAGCAGAAACAGAACGAAUCUCUCUCUACUUGGAGUGCUCACUCUGCCAGAGCCGCCGAAGCUUUCCGGCCGGCGAGAACCAAAGAGAUUGCUGGCUAGAGCAGCCACAAUCCCUGGUGCAAGUGGUCUCUCUGCCCGGAGAAAGAUAAGCCGGAGCUUUGCCUUAUCAGCAGCGCAGUUCUUUGCCUCUACCAUCGCCUGUUUUGUCCGUCAGUUGAGCCCGGAAUGCUGAGCUGUAGAAAACAACUAAUUUC